UGGGAUGACAUGACCUGAGGCGAUGUUGUUUUGGAGUCGUUCGCUUCUGUCAAAAUGUAAACAACAGUCAGUCAGUAGUCAGUACUCGAUUCUUUGCCGUUACUCUACCUAUUUGAAGUGGCUGAUUAACUAGAGGAUUUAAGCUCGUAUCGAUCGAGCAGAUGGAGGACAAAACCAGGAAGUAUGGCUGCCCCUCAAUUAGAAGAUGGAAAAUCUAAAAUAAGUUUGAGUGAAGCCCACUUUUUCAGCCUUCUAACUCAAGGAAACUUGUAUACUCUUACACCUUUAACUGAUGCCAAAGGAUUAACUAAACUUCUUGUCGCAACAUUACAAAGAAAGAUCUACUGCAUAGAGUAUAGCAAUGGUAGGCCAUUAAUGAGAGAAGUUCCCUUUACAUACAUUCCAGGUUGUGCAGAAAUUGUGUCAAUUGAUGCAGUGAAUAGAUCCAUUAUUCAAGAAGAUUUUAUUGUUGGAAUCACAAUAAUCAAGAAAGAUGAUACUUCUGGUCAGCAAUCAUGUUUUUUCAAUGUUUACUCAGACUGGGAUAUGACGUGUGAUAGUGCCUUGGAUGUAGUUUCACAAAACUGCUUACCUUUGGAAUUAAAAUUCGUACCUUAUCAUCUUUACCACACAAAGACAUAUGGCAAGAGUGGAUGGGAGACUGUGUGGCUACUGAGUGGCAGUGAUGGUUGUAUUCAUAUAUAUCAAAGUGAUGAUGAAAGUCAUGGCUACCAAGAAGCAGAUACUUACUGUGCAUUUCCAGAAUUUGAAGAUGUUGAGGGAAUUACACUUUGCAUUGAUGUACUUUAUUCUACAGAUGAUAAAAGGAGGGUAACUGCCACUAGUGGUGAGAAUGGUAAAGUGCAUAUGUUUUUAGUAAACUUAGAAUCCACCCCAAAAAUAGAAGCAAGCAGAGUUAUGGAGUGGGAUUAUCCUUCCCCAUCGGUCAAGAUUUUUAACCAAAGUGCCAAUGUUGCAGUGCCAGAGAUCCUUCAAGCUUUUGUUUCAAAGAAAGAGGAUACAACUAGUGACAAGAAAAUGUCUCCUUUGAUUGCUGUAGCAAACAGCCUUGAGUCCUGCUUUGUCUACAGGGAUGUUUUUGAUAAUUGUCAAGGCUGCUUACUUCAGGACACUGACAUAAAUGAUGUAGUCACUUGCUGUAUUGUCUGUGAUAUUGAUCAAGAUGGUGAACUUGAAGUGUUGAUUGGAACAUAUGGACAGGUCAUACUUAUUUACAAGAACAAUGAAGAAAUUGGGCAGUGGGAACUUUACCAUUCAGUGACACUACCCUGUCCAGUUUUAGCAAUGGUUCAUUGUGACGUUAUGGGAGAUGGUUCCUUGCAGCUUAUUGUCAUGACAACCAUUGGGAUACACAUUUUCCAGCCUGAUCCGUGGGAACUUGCGGCUUUGUUGCUGAACAGAUUGGAAAAGCUGUGUGAUCAUACUCAUGUCAAUGGCUAUACAAGUCAGGAACUAACAGGAAAAUAAAAAUGGACUUCAAGAUGUAUUAUUGGUAUUGGUGGUGAGCCUCUGUGGUGCCUAUUCACUUCCUUCAGACAAUAUGGGACACAAUGUGUGCUGUGUACCAUAUUUUUUUUUAUAAGCAUUCGGUGACAACUGCCAUUCCAGUUAUGCGAGAUUGAGAUUUGCAAUUAAGUAACUAACAGCAUGCAUGAGUAUUUACAUCAAGUUUUCAUAUGCUAUUUUCUUUAAAUUAAGUUUUCUUCAUUUUUGGAGCACUGUUGUGGAAAUCUGUGUUACUGUGGAUGAUUCAGUAUUUUUUUAAAUGCUGCAACAAAUGUCAGUUUGAAUAAUUUUAGCAUACACAUUAUUCAGUCUGUGUCAACUACUCUUCUCAGAAAUUUAUAGAACUUUUGUAUAACAGUGGUCAACAUCAUUAGUAGGUAAUUUCACAAAUCCAAUAUAUUUUAGGUGCAUCUCACAAAUAUCUGAGCCUUACAGAAUAAAAUAAAAAAAUAAUACAGUAAAUAUAUACGUAAUGUCAAAUAUAGAUUGCUGAAGUUCACUUAAUGCUCAUUUACCCAUAACUAUUAAUAGUUCUAAUUGUUAAAUUUAAAUUUUUUAGGGUGCAAUCUAGCAAUACUCAUGCAUAGUGUAAUAGUUAGUUUGUAAUAAAUAACAUUUGGAGAAAGACUGCUAAAAGAAAAAAUGGCCUUAAUGUUACUUGGAAUGCUACAAUAUACUAUACAUUGUUAUACACUUAUAUAGAUUGUUAUACUUUAUGGAAGCUUUGUACAGUAUUUUUGAAUAAUAUACUGAAUAAAAUUUUACAUAAAAGUAAA